AUGCAAAACUUCAAAGCCGAGCAAGCACGAGCCGCCGCCUCUCAGCGAUGGAAAGCCGCCCAAAAGCCCACCGGGGCUGACGAAUGGAUAAAACGCGCCCAGGAAGCAUCUUCGAUCCUCAAGAUCGAUGCAGUUGAGCGUGAUUCUGCAGGGAAAUCACCCUUCGCUGAAGUCCAGUUACUCAAGGACGCCGGGUUAGUGAACCUUCUGGGCCCGCGCAAGUAUGGAGGUGCUGGCGAGACCUGGCAGACUUCGUACAAGGUCACUACGGAAAUAUCGAAAGCAGACGCGAGUAUUGGGCAUUUGCUUGGAAAUCAUUAUUCUUGGUUCUGGAGCAGCCAGAUUCUAGGAACACCCAAACAGGCCGAGAGAUGGCUACGGGAGUUCACGGAAGGGAAUUAUUACCUGGGAGGUGCGGUGAAUCCACGCAAUGCCGAUAUGGUGGUCGAGAACGCCGGCCUGGAACUCGUCUUCAAUGGAGAGAAGUUCUUCUCCACAGGAGGCGUGAUUAGCGACAUAACAGUUCUAGAAGGCGUGCUCAAGGACGGCACGCAUGUCUUUGCUUACGUCCCUACCAAGCAGCCCGGAAUUAGUUUCAAGGGCGAUUGGGACGUCAUUGGACAGCGGCUUACUGAAUCCGGAGGCUGCGUAAUCCGGAACGUCAGGAUCCCCUGGUCAGAGGCUGCAGGCUUCGUUGAUAAGCAGUUGACACCGAGGGAUGCGUACCACGACUUUAUCCUUCCUCCAGUGCAACUGCAAUUUGCCGCUGUUCAUCUUGGUGCUGCCAUUGGGGCGUUAGAGUCGGCAGCAGAGUACACCAGAACAAGAACCCGGGCGUGGCCCUACGGCGGAGACAACAAGGCCAAGGCAACUGAAGAAUGGUACAUUCUGGAAGGAUAUGGCAGGCUACAGGCCAAGGUCUGGGCCGCCGAAGCCCUGAUUGAUCGCACCGCCGAGAGACUUUCCGAGGCCAUCCAUGCACCCCGGCAUGAGCUAACGCAGGCUAAACGUGGCGAGAUUGCCGUUCAGGUCGCGGCUUCCAAGGCGCAAGUUAUUGAGACAGCACUGGAGACGGCAACUAAGGUCUUCGAGUACGUUGGCGCCAGUGGAAGUCUGAGCCGUUAUGGGUUUGAUAGAUUCUGGAGAAACACUCGCGUUCAUAGUCUCCACGAUCCUAUUGUUUACAAGUUCCGCGAGGUAGGCUCGUGGACGUUGCUGAAGGAGGCGCCGGAGCCGAGUUGGUAUACAUGA